AAUCACUAAGAAGUCGGCUCAGUUAGGAUUAUAGCAUAGUUAAACAAAGGACCUCGUUGUGUCGCGUCUAUUACUAAAAUUGUUGGCCAUGGGGCUUUUAAAUUUUUGGACAAUCUCUUUCUGCCUAACUAUGUCCAGUGCCAUUCUCCUCGGCGAAUACGAAGACCCUCCUAAUAUUCGGACCGUUCAUCACCGCGUGUUGAACAUCAUCCAGGAUUGGGGAUAUCCGGCAGAGGAGCACUUUGUAACUACCAAGGAUGGGUACAUAUUGGCACUGCAUAGAAUCCCACAUGGCCGGCAAGCGAGGAAAGACCAACAAGCUCGUGCCAUCCCGGUGUUUCUAGGGCACUGUCUUGUGGGUAGUAGCGCUAUGUGGGCUUUUGGGCCGCCGGAAUAUUCCUUAGCUUAUCUUUUAGCAGAUGCAGGCUAUGAUGUGUGGAUGCCGAAUAUUCGCGGAAACACUUACUCACGCAACCACACCCACCUCGACACGUGUGGGUCGUGUUCAGAGUUCUGGGACUUCAAUAUUGAAACCUCAGCCUUAAUCGAUUAUCCUUUGUUCAUCGACUUCAUACUCGAGCAUACAGGAGCCAGCGACCUUCAUUUUGCUGGUUACUCUAUGGGCACGACCCAGUUUUUGAUGCUCAUGGCCGAUAAACCCGAGUACAACCAAAAAGUGAGAACUGCUUAUCUCUUGGGUCCCACUGCCUUUGGGGGCAAUGCCACCAACCCUAUGCUUCCUUUGGCUCAGCAUGCUGAAUACAUCGUGGGUACUUUCCGCCUCUUUGGCUUUCAAGAAUUCCUGCCCAACCUUUAUGGGCUGCAAUCUCGCUUGUUUGGAAAAAUGUGCCGGACGACAGCCUUGAACCUAAAGAUUUGCACGGAGGCUUUUGCCUUGAGCAUUGGUCUCAGCAGUGAUAAGAUGGAUUCGAAUUUAGUUCCACUGUAUAUGACCCACAUGCCGGCUGGAGGGUCCCUUGGGCAAUUUCACCAGUACGCACAGCUGUUCAGGAAUGGCGGGAAGUUCACAAAAUUUGAUUACGGAACCUUAAGCAACCUCGUCAAAUAUGGCAGCUCUGAACCUCCGGAAUACGACCUGAGUCAAGUGAGCGCACCCGUGGCAUUUUUCGUUGGGGAUAACGACGGCUUCGCGACCAAAGCGGAUGCGGAUAAAUUGUUUGACGCUCUGCCGAACGUGUUCCAAAAUGAGUUGCUUCCCUCCGAAGGCUGGACCCAUUUAGACUUUUUCUUGGCACAUGAUGCCAAGGAGCUCGUGAAUGAGCGAAUAGUUCAUUUUAUCCAAGACUUUGAUGCAGCUCACUCAUCUUAAUACCUCAUGUGUUGUCCUCAUUUCCCCAAUCAUAUUCAUUCAGAAAAUACUUAGUUUGUUAGUUCCACCUUCAA